AUGUUUAUUUUUCGUCGUCUUUUCGCGUCAACUAUCCAACCUUCUUUGAAACUUCCUUUGAACUUUCAAGAUGCGAUCUUUUUUGAAACAGCAAAAGAUUAUUUUUUAGAGACUUUUCGGGAAUAUAAAGCUACAAAAAAUGAACGUUUUAGUCCUUCUCAAUAUGGAAUAUAUAAGCAGCAAUUACAAAAACUUGCAGGUUUAGAAGAACUCCAGUAUAAAUGCUACAAAGGAAAAGCUCAAACUGCAUUAAAUGUCUUUGAGGUAAGGACAAUUUUCAAAAGUCCUCAGCUAUUGCGUUCUUUGGAAGCUGGCGGAUCUAAUCUUCUGAAGGAAGAGCCUGAUCAAAGAUCACUCAAUGAUACUGUUAAUACCAUAACUAAAAUUUUGCGAAAUGCAAGACCUGAUCUAAGACAAAUCAACGACACUGUUAACAUCAUGCCUCUCAAAGAUCGUGACCUUCAAAAACUCAUCGACGUGAUUAAUAAUAAUAUUCGUAAUGCUACACAUGGUAAAGAUAUCUCAAAGGAACACUAUCAAUUUCUAGUUUGUGGAGGAACGGCUGGUAUCGGCAAGACACGACUAGGGCUGGAAGUUUUUAACAUUUUGCAACAUCACUGGACACCGCCAACUGAAUGGUCAAGCAAUGGUUCAGUUCAUACCAAGUACUUGCGUCUCGACUUUGGAAAUGAUGUGAUAUUAGAUGUUUAUGAUUACGAUAUAUCUGCAUCGAUAAUUAUUGGUAUACGUAUGGCCUAUGAAUUUUUCAUUAAAGGAAAAUAUGAUAUUCAGUUUCGUGAGUUUCGCCAUGAGGCUCUCAAGAAUAAGGACAAUUUUAACAUUGAUUUUGUAAUCACUGCUAUCAGAAGUUCUCUAUGCCUUGAAACAGGUCAGCGUCUUUUUUUGUUUAUCCAUAUUGAUGAAUUUCAAAAAAUUAUCAAUUUUGACGGUUGGAAUGCAGAUACAGAGAAACCAUCAAAAGGACUAUUCAGAUGUAUGAUGUAUGAACUUGGGCGUUAUAUGACAUAUCAGAGUCCACAGUGUAUCUUUGUACAAACAUUUCUUUCUGGGACGGAACCACACAGUAUAAUACGAGCAAAAGAACCCACAUCGUACUCUUGGUAUUUUGCCGAAUGUCCAUUGUUGUCAAUGGCUGCACGUAUUCAGAUUAUGGAACAUUUUGUGGUACAUUACGACUCUUCUAAUGAUUGGAAAUUGAAAUUGUGGAUUCACCAAUUGUUGUCGGAUACUGGUGGCCUUCCACGUGCUCUGGAAUAUUUAUUAGAACAUUUUUUUGGUGUAAAUUAUGAUCGGAUACAAUGGUUUUUAGAUGAAAUUGACAAACAUAACCCAAACAACUUUUUUAAUGGAAUUGCAUUUGAUCUCGACAAACGGUAUGCAGUGACAACAUUUGCUGAGGAACGGCGAAGCCUUACUUGGGCACUUAUACAUUAUUGUAUUGGGUCGAUCCCGGUAAUGAAAACAGAUAUUCCUUCACAAGAGUAUCCUGGCGAAACAUUCGAAGUAUUGGAACGCGAUAGACAUCUUGUUCUUAAGUAUCGUGGUGAAAAUAAAUAUGUUUAA